AUGUCUGCGGGAGCAGUCGUGCCUCCGGUGGCAAAUCUGGUGGGACUCGAGCUCAACAGUCGAGCGAAACAAGAGUGCAGGGACAGCUGGAGCGAGUAUGCCGAGAAGAAGGGCGGGUUGCCUGAGCCAGCGCAGGAGAAGCUGAAGAAGCUCUGCUCCGGCUUUGAGCUUCAGAUCGUCAAGUGCAAGGCCGACACGGAUCCUGUUCGCAACCUAUGCAAAGGCCGUGCGAAGGUCAUGGUGCGCUACAACCCCGGUCGAGACGGUGCUGAACUGGAAGCCCUUGUUCAACAUCUGGAGGCUGCAUCGCUGACGGUCGAGACCUGA